UUAUUAAUUGUUUUUAUUUUAUUUUUGUCGCAACAACGCACCUGUUGAAUUGUUACUUGCUGUAAAAGGCUGUAACUUGUAACCAAAAGCAACAAGCAUAUGAAAAAGAUAAGCAAAGGAUUUUGGUCCUUUCCUCUGAUAGCUAAGGCUCCGUAGAUCCAAAAUUUUGGUCCUGUUCUAUAUGCCCAAAAAUAAAAAUUUAAAAAAUUUAAAAAAAAAGGGAAAAAAGAAAAAAGAAAAAACUAUUUUGUAUCCCAUAUAAGUGAAAACAGUAGCAAAUCAGGUCCUCCAAUCCAUCUCCAAAAUCACCAGCAUGGAAGGAGAACUAAGCAACUUCUUCAUGGUCUGGAUGUCGGUUGUCGCAUCACUCUGUUACUGUCGCACCAUCGGUAAUAUCACCAAACAAGGAACAAUCACCAGGUUCCUUCUUCUCCUCCCUGUAAUAUCUCUAUUCCUAUUCCUUCCUCUCAAUCUCACCACCGUUUAUCUCGGCGGAGCUACGUCCUUCUUCGUCGCUUGGCUAGCGGUUUUCAAGCUCCUCCUCUUCGCCUUCGGUCGAGGUCCUUUAUCUUCCAACCUUUCUUUAACGAGUUUCAUCCUCUUAGCUUGCUUCCCAAUAAAGAUUCAAAAUCAAUCAUCGUCGACCAAGAAAGACAGCAACAAAUCAUGUCUAAAUUUUGCUAUGAAGUCUAUCAUAUUCGCUACCCAUAUGCCGGUUUUCAAGAGAAAACCGUAUAUGCAUCCGAAGCUGUUUCUGGUUAUAUAUUCUGUUUAUCUCUAUCUUGGGUUGGAAAUAAUUUUGGCAGCCAUGGCAGCCUUGGCUCGAGCUUUUCUUGGAGUUGAUUUGGAGCCUCAGUUCAAUGAGCCUUACCUAUCUACCUCUUUGCAGGAUUUUUGGGGGAGAAGAUGGAAUCUAAUGGUUAGUAGUAUCCUGCGCCCUACCGUAUACGAUCCUGUCCGGUUGAUUUGUAGCCGUUUGAUUGGGAAGGAACGAGCUCCUUUGCUUGCAGUUAUUGCAACAUUUAUUGUGUCAGGUUUGAUGCAUGAGUUGAUAUUUUAUUACAUUGGUCGAAUCAAGCCCACGUGGGAGCUCACGUGCUUCUUUUUACUGCAUGGGGCUGGUGUGGCCAUUGAAACUGUGAUUAAGAAAGAAUUAAAGGGGAAAUGGAGAUUACCGCCCGCGGUGUCGGUGGUAUUGACGGUGUCGUUUGUAAUGGUGACCGGAUUGUGGUUGUUCUUGCCGUCUUUGAUGAAGUGUGAAGCGGAUAUCAGGGCUCGGAGAGAGACUUUGGCUUUGUUCGAGUUUUUGAAGAGCCUGAGUGGUAUGAUUUUGGGGUUUAGAAAGGAGGAAAUUAUUGCACUUCUCUCAUCGUCUUCCCGUUCUUAAAAUACGAUUUUGUAUCUCUAUUUAUUUUAAUCGUACUUCGAAUAAUGGUUUGUUUAUUAUUUUCAUUGAAUUUUUUAGACGUUCUUGCUUAAGAAAAAAAAUGGUUGUAAUUACACUAUCAUAAUGGUUGUAAUUACACUAUCUUUUUAGUA